UCUACCUUCCCGUCUCGCAACGUCAUUUCGGUGACGCGCCAAGGCCCUGUCAGCAGACGAUCACCACGGACGCGUCGUUCAUCCGUCCAAACGAACAAAGAGCGCCCCUGCAUCUCUUCCGCUACCCACCACUUAGCUGCGUGUUGGAACGGCUCGAUGCUUUCCCCGAGCGGCUUAGGAUCCUGCGCGCCUGUUCGCCAUCUUUGAUAGAGCCGUUGCCAACUCCGUUCCGCGCCCAGAAUCUGACCUUCUGGGGCGGAGUUGAAUUCGCCAGCUACCUACCUACGCGUCUCCACGUGCCUUACGCAGUUAUCUUCUCAUCUCACCGGUAGUGAAUCUUUGUUGCCACAGCCAGGCCUCGAACCAAACUGACAUUCGCCUCCUUACGCUUCGGCCUCCUUUGCCUGUCGAAAAAGGUCUUUCAUCAUGCAUACCAGAGGAAUGGAGACAGAUGAUCCUAUCUUUCAUCGAGCGGUCUCUUCGCAGGGCGCCGACUCUGAGCGCAUCAGUAUCGAAUUGCAGCGUCUAGCUACGCAAGCUGGUGAGACUUCGUCGGCUGCGGUCGGUGCAAAAGGUGUCAAUGCUAAUGGUGGUCGUUCUUCGGCUGUUGAGCCAUCACCUGGCCCUGCCCGCAAAGUAUCUCGGCUCCAGUCUGUCGUAGAGAUCGCAACUUUGGCUGGAAUCAGUUUCUUAAAUACCAUGGGGUCUGGCAUUCUUAUCGCAGCUCUACCCAGGAUUGCUCAGGACCUGGGUCUUCCCCAAGGACUCAUCCUCUGGCCUGCCGCAGUAUAUGCCUUGGCAGCAGGAUGUCUAUUGCUCAUAUUUGGUGCUACCGCAGAUAUAAUAGGCACAAAGCUAGUUUGGGUCACAGGAGGGUUUCUUUAUACUGCAUUCACACUUGCCAUAGGAUUUGCGCAAACUGGCAUUCAGCUGAUAUUGUUCCGAGCAUUCCAAGGUGUCGCCAUAUCUAUGUGCCUACCAACGGCUGUCAGUCUUAUCACGAACACUUUCCCAAAAGGCAAGUGGCGCAAUACGGCAUUUGCCAUGAAUGGGAUGGGCCAACCGCUAGGCUACGCUCUGGGCUUGGUGUUGGGCGGCAUCUUCACAGAUACUGUUGGUUGGAGAUGGGCAUACUAUAUGAUGGCGGUCAUCAGCUUUUGUCUUUCUACUGCGGCGAUCUGGUCUUUGCCCUCGCUUCGCCGCACCUCGGACAAGAAAGUGGCGCGUCAGCUGCUCGAGGACAUAGACUGGCUCGGAGCUGUCAUAAUGAGCGUCGGCCUUGGUCUGUUGUUUUACGUCCUGGCAACUACAUCUUCUUCGUAUACCAGCAUCCGGAGCGGUCCUUCAAUCGCUAUCUUAGUGGUAUCACUGCUCCUCCUAGGCUCAUUUCCGUUCUGGAUGCAUCACCAGACUACGCGAGGCAAGCCAGCUCUUAUACCUAAUCGUCUCUGGAGUCAAGCUUCCUUCACAACCGUGUGCAUUGCAGUCUUCUUUUGUUGGGCAUCUCUCAACGGUGUCGAAUACUUCACAACGCUAUAUUUCCAGCAAGUCGAGGGUGUCUCCGCCUUACAAAGCUCUAUCCGCUUCCUUCCUCACGUCGUGAUGGGGAUUGCAGUCAACAUUGUGACUGCAUAUCUCGUUUCGCGAGUCAGAAUACAGUACUUGGCUGUGAUCUCUGCUUUGAUCACUAUGAUCGCACCGCCAUUGAUGGCUACAGUGGAUGUUGGCGAGAACUACUGGCUUGCACCCUUUUGGGCGCUGUUCCUAUCACCAGUCAACCCAGACGUCUUAUUUACGGUAUCGAACCUCGUCAUCUCGGAUGCGUUCCCUCCAGAGGUACAAUCACUUGCCGGAGGUGUGUUCAAUGAAGUCAGCCAGUUCGGAAACUCUGUUGGCCUGGCCGUCACCGCGGCUAUCGCUGCGAGCAUCACCGAUCGUUCAACCUUCGAGCGAGAGGAAGACGCGUUGAUGAAAGGUUACCGGGCAGCCUUUUGGACAAUCUUCGCUGGGACAGUGGUUGUCGUUACGGUAAGCGCGUUUGGACUCAGACACGGCGGCUUUAUUGGUAAGAAGAACGACUAGAUAUGUGUCUAAGUCCCAAACGAUAGCCCCUGUGAGCCAAGCUGCGAGGGUUCUGAGUCGCUAUACGUCAAGUAAGGCCAACGAACGGGGCAAUUAUGCGAAGAGGGCAGACGUGUAUUCAGAACGGAAUCCAUCGUUAAGGGAAAUCUGCUGCAGUCCGAGACUCGAUCUAAUCUUUCUAACACAAAACGAUCAGACUAUACAAUUCCACCCGUAAUGCGACGGUUAGUGGAUCAAGAUGCUAGAUGAGUAUAAUGCAGACGAAGUCAGCGUCGAUACGUGACACCAGUACGAUAGUUAAAUCCAAGCAUGUUUCCUCGGUGCGUCCG